UUGUGAAUGAAGCUCCACGGAACAGCCCUCCUGGGGUCCCCCGGCGCCGCGGCCCGCUGUACUCGGGUGCCUGGGCAGCAGCGUCCGCGGCCGUGGUGGACGCGAGCGGUCACCCCGGGCAGCCCCAGCUGCCCGAGGCAGCACUGUCGUGUCGGCAGCGCCAGCGGGCUGCGGGCACCUGGGGGCGGGCUGGGGGGCGCCGGCAGCGGCAGGAGGCGCUGUAGCCAGGGCUGCGGCGCGGGUUCCGCGGCGGCCGCUGGAGGGAGCGGGGCAGGCGCGGUGGGCCCGGCCACUCCUCCAGCUCCUGCGCGGCCGCCUCCUGCCGGGCUCGGCCGGCGCCCGCCGUCCCCACAGCUCCACUCCGCGCUCACUGUUCCGAGCGCCCGCGCGCGGGGCUGGCGGGGGCUUCGGCGGGCGCGCGGGGCCAUGCUUGUGGCCCCCUAACGGACCGCGGCCGCCUCCAUGAAGCGGAAGAACGAGCGGCGGCCAAACUGGGCCGCCGCGCCCCCCUGCUCGCGGCGCGGCUCGUCGUCCUCGUUGGGAGUGAAGAAGAUCCGCAGCUCCACGUCGCAGGAACUGCAUCACCUGGACCAGCCGGAGGACCUGUACCUGGACAUCACCGAUCGCCUUUGUUUUGCCAUUCUCUACAGCAGACCAAAGAGUUCAUCAAAUGUACAUUAUUUCAGCAUAGAUAAUGAACUUGAAUAUGAGAACUUCUACGCAGAUUUUGGACCACUCAAUCUGGCAAUGGUUUACAGAUAUUGUUGCAAGAUAAAUAAGAAAUUAAAGUCCAUUACAUUGAUAAGGAAGAAAAUUGUUCAUUUUACUGGCUCUGAUCAGAGAAAACAAGCAAAUGCUGCUUUCCUUGUUGGAUGUUAUAUGGUUAUAUAUUUGGGGAGAACUCCAGAAGAAGCAUAUAGAAAAUUAAUGUUUGGAGAUACAUCCUAUAUUCCUUUCAGAGAUGCUGCCUAUGGGAGCUGCAAUUUCUACAUUACACUUCUCGACUGUUUUCAUGCAGUGAAGAAGGCAAUGCAGUAUGGCUUCCUUAAUUUCAACUCAUUUAACCUUGACGAAUAUGAAUACUAUGAAAAAGCAGAAAAUGGAGAUUUAAAUUGGAUAAUACCAGAUCAAUUUAUUGCCUUCUGUGGACCUCAUUCAAGAACCAGACUUGAAAGUGGUUACCACCAACAUUCUCCUGAGGCUUAUAUUUCCUAUUUUAAGAAUCACAACGUUACUACCAUUAUCCGUCUGAAUAAAAGGAUGUAUAAUGCCAAACACUUUACAAAUGCUGGUUUCGAUCACUAUGAUCUUUUCUUUGCGGAUGGCAGCACACCUACUGAUGCCAUCGUCAAAGAAUUUCUGGAUAUUUGUGAAAAUGCCGAGGGUGCCAUUGCAGUACAUUGUAAAGCUGGCCUUGGACGAACGGGUACUCUGAUAGCCUGCUACAUUAUGAAGCAUUACAGGAUGGCAGCAGCUGAGACCAUUGCUUGGAUCAGAAUCUGUAGACCUGGCUCAGUGAUUGGGCCUCAGCAACAAUUCCUGGUGAUGAAACAGGCAAGCCUCUGGUUGGAAGGUGACUAUUUUCGUCAAAAGUUACGGGGUCAGGAGAAUGGAAAACACAGAGCAGCUGUCUCAAAACUCCUCUUGGCUGUUGAUGACAUUUCAAUCAAUGGGGUCGAGAAUCAAGACAAGCAAGAACCUGAACUGUACAGUGAUGACGACGAAAUCAGUGGAGUGACCCAAGGUGAUAGACUUCGGGCCCUGAAAAGCAGAAGACAAUCAAAAACAAACACUGUUCCCCUCACAUGUUCCCUAGCUGUGGUGACCUCUGCACUGUGUAGUGUUGUCAUCUGGUGGAUUGUUUGUGACUACAUUCUCCCCAUCCUGCUAUUGUGUCUCGAUGGUUUCAGAACACAGUAGCCGUCAGGACCCUUUGACAAAUAGCUGUUGUUCCCUCCAUUUCAAGGACUAAAACAGUCUUGCGUUAAGUAAAAACCUGUGACCAGAACUGAAGGAAGACUCUAGGAACAGAAAACUACAACAGGACUUAGCACAAUUUAUUUGGAAACAAAACAAAAUUGCAAAAGCCUUAGCUGCUUUCCACCUAAGAAGUUUAUUCAAUGAAGAAAAUGUCCACUGGAGUUUAAGUAACUACACGAGUUUGGGUACCAGUGAGGACUUUGAAGACGGCCCAACUCUCCAUUUGUAGAAAUAUCUCAAGUUGAACAACAAAAGAGCUGUUGUAAAUUUAGUCUCAGGUGUAAAUAUCAAAGCCCUUUGUUCUCAGGAGGGCUGGCCACUCUGUGUGGUGCAUGUGUGUCCCUGUGGUGGCAAUCGUUUUAGCUGCUGGCCUUCAGAAGAAUUGAGGAUCUUAUGGAGGUUUUUUAUCUAUUUAUUUUCUGUUCGCCCUGUGUUGAAAUUUGUAAAGCUAAAACAGGCAUUACUGAAAAUGGUACUUUCUGUAAUUUGAUACUAUUUGGUGUAAUCAUCUUCAUUUUAAUAUUUGUGAUACUGUUGUAACGUUAACUCUGUUAAGUACCCAAGCUGCUUGUCUUCCACCAAAGAGUGCUUUAUUAACACGAUUCUGUGAAAACCACGUUUGAAGACUUGGCUUUUGUGACAAAAAGUGGUAGGUACGCUGGUAACCUAAAACUUGCAGGAGAGUAUUAAACAGUAACUUUAGAAGUCUCAGGAGGAGGAACUGACUUCGGAGUUGGAAGAUUGUUGUCAGUCAUUCCUUUUUGUGUCACUUAAGGACUGAAGAAUUCCAAGGCUGCCCACUAUUUAUUUGGUUGCCCAGUCAUACAAAUUAAAAUCAUAUUUCCUGCCAUGCUGAAAAAUACCCCACACUUUUGGUGUUGCCGCUUGGAAACAGUGGUUCCACAUAAUGAUGGCUUAAAAAAACACUUACUGCUUUUUUAGGGUCUUUCUCUGUGGACUUUUUUUAUGUGACUGGCCUAAGGCCCUUCACACACCUGUUGACUUCAGUGACAGUUAUCCACAUCUGGAUUUCAGUUAUUUGUAAAUAAGACACUCACUGUUGCCUUUGGUUAGGGAAUAAACUCCUUGUAGAGUGCCUUCUCCCUCCCCCCCUAGAGAAACACAGCAGAGACUGUGUCUGUGAUGUAAAGCAAUCAUAAAAACAGUUUAUUUGCUGCUAAAAAAAAAAAAAAAAUUAAAAAAAAAUGGGACCCAAAAUAAAAUAAUAUUUUGCAAUCACCUUGGUGGCUUCUAUAAGAAGUGAAUGGUUUUAGUUAUUGCUAAGCAGUGUUGGCCUAUCCUGGUUAGUUGAAUGGGGCGGGAUACAGUAUUGAAAGGCAAAAGGCUUUCACAUUACAGGAUCAAUGAAUCGGGUUAGUACACAAUUCCAUUUUGAAAAGCUGCCUUUAAAACAAAACUGAGGAAUAAGAAGUGCUUGGAGCAAACAGAUUGAGGUCUGUUAAUGCAAAAAUAAUUGGAGACCUUGGCUCCAUUGUGGUAUCUAUUUUCUUGGAGUAAUUAUAAGUUUGACUAGCUUUGAGGGGAGAUGGAAGAUGCCAUUGUUUUGGCGCGAAGAAUAGCUUUCCCCAUCAGGCACUAAGGGGGUGGGGCCUGCCAGCUUCUACACACUGGGGACUAGAUCUCAGAGAAACGUUGCUUUUCUGACCCUGGGAGUUCAUAGUUAUCAGUUCUUGUACCUGAUGGGAAGACAGCUUUCAGUAAGCUUUGGGUGGGAGGAGAAACAUUCCGUUGGCUGCAUUGUGCUGGAAGACAGUACUAAUAUUCAAACUGCCCAGGCAUAAAAUAUUGAAUUCUCAGGGCAACUCUUCUUCCCUUUAGACUUUUAAAGGCCAUAUCCUGCAUAAAUAAUCCAGGUAGCUGUGAAAAUCAAAUUUCCAUCUGAACCCUCCUUGCUUUGGCUUUCUAUUAUGUCAGAACAAGUAAAUAUGCUGUCCACUCCUAGCAAAUAAGCCAUUUGGUGUCUUGGCCAAGAGUGAAAAUUUGGGCUUCAGUGUGUUAACCACAGUACUUUUUUUUUUUUUUUUUUUACAAAUUGCCUUUCUGUGUUGGCUGCUCACAUUUCCAGCUAGAAUUGCUGUCACUGUGGCUUUUUCUAAGAAUCCCUGUAUGUAACAGGCUUGUUACUGAAAUUAGUUGUAGGGAACUAGUGAUUUGAUAAAGAAUCAUUUCUUAGAAUACACAAAGGACAUAGCACAGUGUUAAACGUACGGGGGACAUAUCUAGAAUCCAGGAAGUCUCUGGAUCAAACUGAUGGAAAGUUCUUCCUGCUAUGAAUAAGAGGGACUCUUCCCUCGCUCCCCUCAGAUGAACCUUCAACACACCCAGAAUCUUCUGAAAUUCUAAUUUCGAGUCUUUGUUGUCGAAGACCUUGUUGCUGUGGAAUAUGAAACAGGGCAUGUCAAGUGGGGAGCUUCCUUUAACUUAAGAGCCUUAAAUAGCUUUGAAAGUACACCAGGACAGUUUCCAUUGGAAUUAAAGUUAGAAGUGAAUAUUUUUAGGUGCCCUUGAAGCUUUCUGGGGACUCAGGUCAAGAGUCAGGGGCAGUCCAAUGGAAGGCUGUCUGCAAAACUGGGUACCUAAAGGUGUAGACAGACUGCUGCAUUGUGUUGCUAAAGAAAAACUAGGAACCUCUGACCUGUCCGCGAGCAAGGCUGGCCUUGAGCAGUGCCUCACUGAAACAAGUAGCCUUACUUGUCACGUGGCGCUUCGUCUUGGUGCAUGCUGCUCUUCUAGUCUCCACAAUUGUUCUGUUCCAAAUUUGACUCCCUCAGCCCGUCACCCAUCUGCUUCCUUCCCUGCUCUCCUCCCCUUCUCAGGGGGUGAUUUCUACCUCUUUUCCUGGGCCCAGACAAGUUUUAGACGAGUUCCCCAGAAUAGUCACCUGGCGAAGGUGUGUCCCUUGGGCGCCUGAUCCCCGGCCCCGUGGGCUGCACGGACCCUCCCGUUGUCUGGCCGGUGUUGUGCCAAGAACUCCAGGAGCUUUUCCUUGGCUUGAAUCAACUGUUUAUGACAAAGGAGCGAUGAACCCCUCUGAUGUUUGGUCUAAAAGUAGCUUAACUGCUUCUCUUCAUGCAUUUUUAAAAAUAAUUAUUGCAUUUUGGAAAGCAGUGCUCACCACAAACAACUUUAGAAAUGUAUUUUAAUUCUUUAAUAGCUGUCCCCCACUGAAGUUGUCCAUGAGAAGCUAGCUGCUGCUUUUCCAUUUCUCCUAAAUCUGAGUAUUCUCCAUGUCGCUCCGUGGAAAUACUACAGGUGUGUUUAGAAGACUGGACAGUUCACUCAUCCUGUGUAGGAAAUUACCUCCUUAAUUGCCUAGUAGGAUUAAAUGUCAGCAGACAUGUUCAUCUGAUUAUAGUACUGCAAUUUUAUAUUAAUAAUUUGCAGGCUUUUAUCUACCCUACACUCAUGUACAGAUUAUUAAAAGUUUUUAAAUGUAACCGAUUAAUCGAUAUUUGAUCAAUCAUUGUCUUGAUUUUUUUAAAAUUAAAAUGUAUAUUUCUAAUCAUAUUUUAUAAUGUUGAAAGAACUGGUUGAAUGAAUGUUUAUUUUCCUGAAGGUAUUUUUAAGAUAAAGCUUCACAAUGGCCUGUAAACUUUGCAUAUCUGUGUAGUUUGAUACGUAUUGUUGCAUUCGAAAAUUGCGUGCAUUGUACCUGGUUUUAUACAAAAUACUGAAUAAUGGAAAUUGUAUAAUUAUUAUAAUGUAAUUAAAAGUAUUAACCAAAUGA